CUGCCCGGGCCGGAGGCAAAGAAAACAGCCAUGGAGGCCUCGGGAACCGAAGCCGCGCUGAGCGCCUGCCUGGAGGCGCUGCUGGCGAGCCGGAGCAACGCCAACCGCGUCUUCGAGAUCUUGGAGCAGCUGCAGGCCGAACAGGAAGAGAUCGUCGUGUGCGCCAUCCGGACCUGCAGCCGCCUCUUUGGGGCCUUUCUCAAGCGGGGAGAGCUGUUUGUGGGGCAGCUCCCUCCAGAAGAGGAGUCUCUGCAAGAGAGCUACAGCGCAGAAGACAAGUACAGAAUUUGGAUGAGGCUCCGGUACAACAGUUGCAUCAAUUGCUUGGGGGAAUUGAUGGGUCACAGAUCUUUCCAGGUCAAAGAAUCUGCACUUUGCACCCUGAUGAAAUUUGUGGAAUUGGAAGCCAAACACCCUCUGGUCCUGAAGGAGUGGAGCUUCAAUUUCCCACAGAAGCUUUUGAAAUUGGUCGUCGAGGGCUUGAUCCCGACGGGAGAGGAUUCCUCUCUCCUGGUUUCUCGCUUCCAAGAAUACUUGGAACAUGACGACGUCCGGUUCUUCGUGAUGAAGUCGGUGGCUGAAAACGUGGGCAGCGUGAUGCCAAAAGCCAAAAAGGCUCCCUUUCCAGUUUAUCAGAAGAACGUCUUUGCUCUCAUUUCGUCCAUCUCCAUGCCGAGCGGAGAGAGUGAGAUUAAAAACUUCCUAGUGAGGCAUGCUAACCAAGAGGAAUGGAAAGUAUCCAAACUGAAGGAGCACCGGCGGGCCUUUGAGAGGAUGUGGCUCGGAUUUCUCAAGUAUAAGCUGCCCGGCAGCCUCUACAAGAAGGUGUUGGUGAUCCUGCAUGACUCUAUCCUGCCUCAUAUGAACGAGCCCACCCUCAUGAUCGACUUCCUGACGGUCGCCUACGACGUAGGUGGAGCGAUCAGCCUCCUCGCCUUAAAUGGAUUAUUCGUACUGAUUCUCCACCAUAACCUGGAAUACCCUGAUUUUUACAAGAAGCUCUACAGCCUCCUCGACCCGUCCAUCUUCCACGUCAAGUACCGCGCCCGGUUUUUCCGCUUGCUGGAUUUAUUCUUGUCUUCGUCCCACUUGCCGGCGUACCUGGUGGCGGCUUUCGCCAAGCGGCUGGCCCGGCUGGCGCUCACUGCCCCGCCCGACGGUCUGCUGAUCGUCAUCCCCUUCAUCUGCAACCUCUUGCGGAGGCACCCGGCCUGCAAGGUGCUCAUUCACCGGCCCGACGGCCCCCCAGAGAUGUCGGGAGAUCCCUAUCGGAUGGAUGAAAAAGAGCCUUCAGAAAGCAGAGCUCUGGAGAGCUCGCUCUGGGAGAUAAAGACCCUGCAGAGCCAUUACCACCCGGACGUGGCCAGAGCUGCCGCCACAAUUAACACGCCGCUAUCCGAGAUGGAGGAAGACUUAUCGGAAGUUCUGGAGAUGACUGUUUUUGAGAUGUUCGACAGGGAUAUAAACAAAGAAGCCACGGACAUCCCGUUGGAAUAUCAGCAAGUCCAAGGUUUGUUUGGCAAGAAGGACGACAUUUUUUCGAAAUACUUUACAUUCGAAUGACUUUAAAACUCCCCUGGGUGAAAGACUGUGUAAUAAAGCCCCUUUGUUUUGGAGUUAAGGCA